GCCUUCUUCUUCUCAAUGGAGGCCAUGAGAAGAAAGCAGCCCGCUGGUCUAGCCAAAGGCAGUGUGGAUAAGGGUGCCUCCACAAAGAAAGAGGAACUCAGUGCAGCAAGCAACGGAGAGGAGAAGCCAGAUGGAGACAAAGAGGUAGCAGCCAGACUGGCCUCUUCCCCUGCAGCAGAGGCAAUGCUCAACGGCACCGAAUGUGAUAACAUGAGGCACAAGAGCCCGGCACACAGCUCUGCAACCGGCAACAACAAGACUUUACUGCUGGUAAACGAAAACGGCACUUCAGACACGGAGCUGCCGCACGGUUCGGUUACUGGAAGCAAUGGAUUCAUUCUCACUAAGCAGCAGCAGGAAGGCGGCUCUGCAGCAGCAGCAGGUUUGGGAGUUUCCCCUCACAGGACUAACUGGUUGCCUUCAGACUCACUGGCAGGGGGACACACGGCCAUACCCCCACCUGCCUUGGCGUCUGGGUGUGCACAGAGUUCAGGUGCACUAAGGACUGACCCCAGCACAGGGACUACAUCAGAACAAGGGACACCAGACACUAAAAAUGGCACAGUAUCACCUCCUGCGCCGGCUCCAGCACCCGUCACGAUACACAGAGCGCGCAAGACCAUGUCCAGACCUGCUGUCAGCCCGGCACAAAAGCUUCUUAACAGGGAAUUACGAGAAGCAAAGAGUGCCAAAAUGGAGAAAAUGGAGACUCAUGUUGCACCCGACGCCCAGAACCAUCUACCUCAGAGUCCACCGGAUAUGGCAGCUUCAGCACAAACGGCUUCAUCCGCUUCUACGCCGCCUCCGCCUCCUGCAGCUCCUCCAGCUCCUGCAGCUCCUGCAGCUCCUGCAGCACACGCGGCUCCUCCAGCUCCAGCCAAACUCCAUCUAGGCUCUUACUCAGGAGGGUUGUCAUCCCGUAAGAAGAAGAGAAGGAUGGGAACAUACAGUCUGGUUCCCAAGAAGAAAACCAAAGUGCUAAAGCAGAGAACUGUGCUGGAAAUGUUUAAAGAACUGCAACACUCUGCCCAGAGUCCACAGAGUAAAGACGUAGCAAACAUAAAUGGGGAGAAGGUUGAAAAUGGAUCCGAGGAGGAAGAGUCCGAGGAUGCGGAGUCUGAGGAAGAGGACCGAAGGCAGCCAGCGGAAGAACCUAUCGGCGCUGUCCAGGAAGCAACACCUGAACCCGUCUCUCAGGUGGGAGACGAGCAGGAGUCUGAAGAGUCUGGGGAAGAAGAGGGAGAGGAGGAGGGCACGGAGUCCGACUUGAGCACGGAGUCGAGUCUGAAGAAGAAGUUGAAAAAGAAAACGAAAGCAGACAGCGCGUGGCUCAGGCCGUCCAGGAAACGAAAGAGGAGGAUAAAGGCUAAAGACCCAGAGGCGGUGGAUCAGCCUCAGGCUUCAGCUCAUGCCCAGGCAGGCGACGGGAAGGAGUACACACAGAUUCCCUCACCUGAGUCUGUCAACCUCAACCAGCCCCAGGAGCCUGCAGUUCCCUCACAGAACAAAGACACUUCAGCGUCAGCCAUUGAGGAGGCUCAGGAGCUCCCACUCUGCAGCUGCCGCAUGGAGACGCCAAAGAGCCGAGAGAUUCUCAUCCUGGCAGACAGGAAGUGCAUGGCCACCGAGAGCGUUGAUGGACAGCUGACCCGCUGCCAGGGUGCCAUACUGAAACAUGAAAUGAUGCGUCCCUCCAACUCCGUUCAGCUGCUGGUUCUGUGCGAGGACCACCGCAACGGCAUGGUGAAGCACCAGUGCUGCCCCGGCUGUGGCUUCUUCUGCAGGGCGGGGACCUUCAUGGAGUGCCAACCAGAUGUCAGCAUCUCUCACCGUUUCCAUCGCGCUUGUGCCUCGGUGCUGAAAGGUCAAAGCUUCUGUCCCCACUGUGGAGAGGAGGCCAGCAAGGCCAAGGAGGUCACGAUCGCCAAGGCUGACACCACCUCCACCGUGCCCCCUGCGCUCGCACACGGACCUGCCACACCCGGGGUCCCGGAGGGCCGAGCAGACACCACCACUGGCAGCUCUUCUCGACUGGCUACGGGCGCCGAAGUCAGCGGCAGGGCCGACAGCUCGCUGUCCAUCCGUUCGCCGCAUGGACUCGACACCUCUGUUGUUCUCGGGUCGUCCAGGCCCGUGGCACCGCAGGCCGGGAUGGGAACUAUGGAGCCACCCACAGUCCCGCAAGGACCACCAAGAGAGACUCUGGAGAGCAUCCUGGUCGCUCUCGACACAGAAAAGCCCAAGAAGCUGCGUUUCCACCCCAAACAACUUUACCUUUCGGCUAAACAGGGCGAACUCAAGAAGGUCUUUCUCAUGUUGGUGGACGGCAUCGACCCAAACUUUAAGAUGGAAUCUCAGAACAAACGCACCCCGCUCCACGCUGCAGCUGAGGGGGGGCACAAAGACAUCUGCCACAUGCUCGUGCAAGCCGGUGCAAACUUGGACAUGUGUGAUGAAGAUCAGCGGACGCCACUGAUGGAGGCCUGUGAGAACAACCACAUGGAGACGGUCUUGUACCUGCUGAGAGCUGGAGCCAGCGCCACGCACAAGGACGUUGAAGGGUUCACGUGUCUCCACCUAGCGGCAAAGUCUGGCCAUUACAGCAUUGUCGAGCACCUUCUGUCUACAGGAUUGAUCAACAUAAACUGUCAGGAUGAUGGAGGUUGGACAGCCAUGAUCUGGGCGACAGAGUACAAGCACGUGGACCAGGUGAAGCUGCUGCUGUCCAAAGGAGCUGACAUCAGCAUCAGGGACAAGGAGGAGAACAUCUGCCUUCACUGGGCAGCGUUCUCUGGCAGCGUGGACAUUGCCGAGCUGCUCCUGAACGCCCACUGUGAUCUGCAGGCCGUCAACAUCCACGGAGACUCUCCGCUGCACAUCGCCGCUCGGGAGAAUCGCCUGGACUGUGUCACGCUUUUCCUGAAUCGUGGAGCAGAUGUCUUUCUGAAGAACCGCGAGGGAGAAACUCCUCCAGACUGCUGCAGCCACAGCUCGAAGGCCUGGACGGCCCUGCAGGCCAACAGGAGGGAGAGGGAGAAGAGAAGCAGGCUGGCCGCCGAGCAAAAAAUCCUUCACAGUGACAUAGCUCUGGGACAGGAGAGAGUUCCCAUCCCCUGUGUUAACUCUGUCGACAGUGAACCUUAUCCAGACGGCUACAAAUACAUCCCCGAAAACUGUGUCACCUCCCCCAUGAACAUCGACAGGAACAUAACACACUUGCAGUACUGUGUUUGUAAGGAAGACUGCUCGACAAGUAUCUGCAUGUGUGGACAGCUCAGCCUGCGCUGCUGGUACGACAAGAGUGGUCGUCUUCUACCUGAAUUCUGCCGGGAGGAGCCUCCUCUCAUCUUCGAGUGUAACCACGCGUGCUCCUGCUGGAGGACCUGUAAGAACCGCGUAGUGCAAAAUGGACUCAGGACCAAGCUUCAGCUCUUCAGGACCAGUAAGAAGGGCUGGGGUGUCCGUGCACUCCAAGACAUACCACAGGGCAGCUUUAUAUGCGAGUACGUCGGUGAGAUCAUCUCCGAAGCAGAAGCAGAGAUGAGGCAGAACGACGCCUACCUGUUCAGCCUGGAUGAUAAGCCACAAGAUCUGUACUGCAUCGAUGCCCGUUUCUAUGGAAACAUCAGCCGCUUCCUCAAUCACAUGUGCGAGCCCAAUUUGUUUGCCUGUCGAGUGUUCACGACGCACCAGGACCUUCGGUUCCCACACAUUGCCUUCUUUGCCAGUGAAAACAUCAUGGCUGGAGAGGAGCUUGGAUUUGACUACGGCGACCACUUCUGGGAAGUCAAAAGCAAGCUGUUCAGCUGCGAAUGCGGCUCUUCCAAGUGCAAGUACUCGUCAGCGGCCAUGGCGUCGCUGCAGGCGGACAGCACGCCGGAGGACCAGCAGCAGCCCAGCGCUUCACCUGACACCAGCUCUUCCAACAGUCCCUCCAGUCCUUCCUAAAGCCCUCCUCACACUAAGCUCCGCUACACGUACACAUGACUGACGGACGCACAGGGACGCCUGUCUCCACCCUCCUUGAACUUUGAACUUUUAUCAAUGAACUUGUACUAUAUCUCCACUUCUGAUUCAGAGCACGGACCAUCGGCCUUCAUGAGAACCUGUAAAACGCUGUCAGAACCGGACCCAGAUGCACACUCGAAUCCUGGAGGAACUCACUGCUCCUGUAUUCCACCUUGUGUAACAUGAACAGCAGGGGGCAGCGACAACACGCACAGCAAACGCCACAGGGACAAUGAAAACCAGUCUUUGCAUUUCAUAUAUAACGUUACUGGGAAGGAGAACUGUGUAUUUUUUCUUCUUUGUCUUUUUUUUUUUAAGAUGGGUUGAUAUUGUUAAAUGGCUUUUCUUAUCGAGUCAUGAUCAAGGAACCGUGGGCUCGGGGAUGAGGGUAUCGUUGUCUUUUGCGAAGACAAACUGGGUUUAACUUGUUUGACCUUUGCGGUCAUUUAUCAUGAACCAUUCCAGCAAAGUUAGCUGAUAAAUAUUGAAUUUUGUUGCCACUUCCUCUUUGUUGCAGUGUUUGAAGAAUCAUAUCCAGCAAAUGCCACCGUAGUUGAGGAAUUAACUGACACGAUGUGAAAGACAAAGAAAUGGUGCAAGAAAUUAACCGUUUUUUAAAGUUGCCACUCAAGUGAGUAUAGAUUGUCUGAUACAAAGAUGCUGUACCAUUCCUCCAAAAUGAGGCGUUUCUAGUCUAAAUAAAUUAGCAGAUCUUUUUCUUAAGCAUGUUUAAUGUGUCAGAUAUUUUGCCACAGUUGUAGAAGAAUUGAUUGAACUGAAACGGAAUUCAAAGACAAACAAGACAAUGGUGCUGACAAAGGUUUUUACUUUUGCUUUCAUUUUUAUUCUGGAAGUGAACAUAGUUUGUAAAAUAAGAGAAUGUUUUAAGUUUUUUAUGUUUCAUUUUAACUCCAGUUUUCUAAUCGUAGUUACUGUAGUUAGGCUGUUUUUAAUUUUGUUUCACGAUUUUGCCGACAGAAGCCAACCCAUCUUUUUCAAUGUUGUUAGUAAAGCAGUGACUGUUGUGCAAAGUCUUGAAAGGUAUAAAUGAAAAAAAAAAAAAAGGUUAUAAAAAUGCACUUCCAUAACGUUCUGUUACAUAUUUCUGGACCGUGAACCAUCCAUCUAAUUGGUUGUAUCUUUUUCAAUAAAUUUACUACUAAUG